CCGGACCCACCCCCGCGUGACUCAGCCGCUGCCGGAGCUUUUCCUUAUAUAACUGCGGGAUCCCGGCGAGCGCCGCUCCCGCCCGGCCUCAGUUUCCCUUCGCCAGCGCCGCAGCCAUGUGGAUGGUGUCCCUGCCGGUCGAUGAAGGAUCUCACCAGCUUUGGGAGCACGGCAAAGGCAGGGGGCAAAGCCCGCUAGUAGGACAUGACCCUUAAACUCUGUCUCUAAAGCUUAGCCUAUAGGUAUAUAAGAUCCAUAGAGCUUAAACCCGGGGUUGGCCUUUAGUCUAAGCUGGGGUUUGGCUUCGUUUGAUCCAUCCUUUUGAGUCCUGUGCUUGUUUUCCUCAUUGACCUGGUUUUCUUCUCGCCGCCGGCGCGAGGCAGAGCUUUGCCAAAACCCCAACUCGGGCUUGUUAAAGGGCUUUGGGCACUCUGGUUGGAGGAGGGGAGCAGCCAGCACCCCCCAAAACCUCUCCUCCAACCCCUUCCCAAGCGCCGGAAGGGGUUGGGGGGCACCAACCUGGUACCUCGGGGGGGUGUUCCGAUGAGUCCCCGCUUGGAAGCGGCGCCGGCUCGGCCGUCACCGCCGCCUCGGGGCCUCGCAGGUGUUUUCCAGUCCACCAAGAAGCUGUUCCUGUGUGAGCAGAGGGGCCGGGGCCGGAGCCAGGCACUGGAAUUCCUCCGGAGGAACGCCGCCAAUGGGCUCUCGGUGGCCAACCUGGUGGCCGGGCUCUCCUCCAUCCUCUGCAGCCUCAACAGGCAGCACCACCACUCCUGCUGGCUGCUGCUCGUGGGCUUCCUGCUGGACCUGGCCGACGGUGCCGUGGCGCGGCGGCUCGACGCCUGCUCGGCGCUGGGUGCCAAGCUGGAUGAUUUCGCCGAUUUCACCACGUUCGGGCUGGCCACGGCGCUGCUGCUGCAGCCGCAGGGGGUGCUGAGCGGGGUGCUGGCCCUCUGCUACGUGCUGGCCGUGUUCGCCCGUCUCUGCUUCUUCUCCAGCGCAGGGAUCCCCUUCACCUACCGGGGGCUGCCCUGUCCCUACGCGUCCUCGCUGCUGGCGGGCACCUUCCUGCUGUCCGGGGGCAAUGUCACCCUGCUGCGGGCCACCGCCGCCGUCAUGAUCCUCUUCAUGCUCGACCGGGGCUUCUACCCCCACGACAAGGUGCUGGAAUCCCAGCUCUGGAAGAAAGUGGUUUAUGCCGGAGGGGUGGCCGCUGUCCUCUUCUCACCAGCCACGGUGGCUUCCAUCUAUUGCCUCGCCUGGUCCAUGUCCUACAUCGUGUUCCCCUUUGCCAUCUGGAGCUGCAAAGCCAAACCCCUGCCUAAAGCCUACUAAAACCUUCCUCCUCCUCCUCCUCCUCCUCCACCAGCACCUCCCUUCACUCCUCUCCAAACCCAAACCUGUUUAGAAAAGGGAAAAACGGAGCUGUAGGAACAACGCUGCUUUGGGGGAGCCCCAAAACUCACCCCAUGUGCCCCACUCCUCAUACGGGGGACGAAGGAACCCCCGUUACUCACUCCAGAGACCCCCAAAGCCCUUCCCUGUGCGGGGGAACAUCAAAUUGAGGGAUCGCUCCCACCGUGUGCUGUCACUGGAUCACAAGGGGGGGAUUUACACCCCCAAACGGGAGGAAGACUCUUCCCUGGAAGGGAGGAAGCCGCUGACUAAACCUCCAGAGGGAUUUUGACACCCAAGUCACCAGCAGCACGUUGGGGUUCACGGUUUCACCCAUCGCUGCAGGGAAAUAACCCGUCAAACGUGUUUAAUCCCCCCCUCAGUGGGGGGCAGGAUAGGGAUGGAGGGAAGAGGAUCCAUGGAUCCAAACCCUCUGGAAAGCUGGAGGAGGCUGGAAGCGAAGCUCAACCCGGGAUCCCCGGGGAGGCUCCAGCAGCUGGGUCCAGCCCCAUGUCCCGAUCCCGGCACCGGGAGCUGGAGCCGGUGCCUGCAGCCGCGCUGGCGCCCGGCCCCGCUCCGGCGCUUCCCGCACACCAUUCCCAGCGGCACCGGAGCCACGCGGGACCAGCACAGGGUUUAUUUAGGAAAAGCCCCAAACCAAGGAGCUCUUUGCUAAUAAAUAAGGCGGGCUCAGAGCGGGGCCGGCGCCUCACUCGCCCGAAGCCUGCAUCUGCCGGCAGAAGGAGUCGAA